AGACGCGGAGUCUUCUCCUGUACGAUACGAAGCCGAGCUCCCGUGCCCCUCCUCAUUUUGCAGCUGUGGUUGUUCCGCUCCCGCCCGCCUCCCGCAAUGCCGCCGCCUCCCGCUCCCGCUCCCGCCCGCCUCCCGCCGCCCCCUUGGCCUUCCACCUUCGCCACGGCCUGGAUUGUCGACACCAUCGCCGGCGACGACGCCCUCGACUUCUCCUUGCUGCAGGCACUGGUGAGGGCUUCGUCGGAGCAACUCGCGGGCGCCCCGGAGGCCACGCGUAAAAGGCUCGCGCUCCGGUCCCUGCUGGAGCUGUCGUCCCUGAUACCCGCACCCGCUGGGGGUGAUGCUGAUGCUGCAGUGAAGGCUAGGGUUGAGGGCGCCCAGUCAGCCGAGGCUGCGCUGUUUCGCGUUGUCAGAGAGGUUGAAAGGUCUGGAAAACUGGAGAAGGAUUUGCUUCCACUUUUCAAUCAAGAAACCCACAAAACUAUCUGUACCAAUAAGCUUACAUUACCACAAACUUCUGUCCAGUUGCUAGAAGAAGUCGACCCAUGGAUCAGAUCUCCGACCCAACAUUUCCAAUUGGAGCAGAAUGCCACAGUAACUCUUGGUUUUAACAGAACCAGUAAUGUCUUACCAACAGAUGCACCUGAGUCUGGGCAUUUGCCUGAGUUCAUAACUGCACAGGAUACAAACAUGAUUUCGCAGCCUGACAGCAGGGAAGCUCAUCUGAAUGCUCUGCAACAUGAAAGGGGUGAGAAAGUAAACCAAGAUCUGGAAGAUGUCUCUGCAAGUAUUUGGCCAGUGGAAAAGGACCAUGUUCAUGGGGAUCUGACUUUGCAAUCUGCUGGUGUUUUACUUUCUGUAAGCUGCAAUGGUGCCAAUCAAGGAAGUAAGUCUGAAACCAAUCUUCAACCAGGGGCUGCAGCAGAGGACUUGUCUCAACAAGAUUUGUGCAUAAAAUGCGGUAAAGAUGGUCAGUUGCUGGAAUGCAGUGGCUGUUCUUUAGCUGCUCAUGAUAGCUGUUUCGGUUCAUCGGUGACAUUUGAAGGGACCGACUUAUUCUACUGCCCACGAUGCUGCUAUAAGAAAGCCACUGAAGCAUAUGAAAAGGCAAAGAAAACAUAUUACGAAGCUAGGGAGAAGCUUGCUGCUUUCCAUGGCACAGAACAUGUCAGCAAGCAACAUGAUGAGCAACUAAAUGGAGUUCAGCCAGGAGCUCCCAGCAGAGAUGGUCAUUCUAAUGGGUGUGACACAUCAAAAAGGAAUAACAUCCAUCAAAAUGAAGCAUAUCACCUUGAUCGUCAGGAUGAAGAGCCUCAUCAGCUGAGAAAGAAGCAGAAAGUAAGUGCUAGAGGCAAUGGUUACCCUAAGGAGGUGCUCACUGAGAAGGUUCCUUUUCAGAGCUCUUGUCUAGCAUCCAUGAAUAAACAUUCAGUGCUCCAGAAUAACAGCAAAACACCAGUUGAGGAUGCAGAGAAAAAGCAGCAAGUGGGAGACAGAGAUGAUGAAUUAGAAGCUACUGACGCUGGCAAGCGAUCAUUACCCCCCUGGCGUAAUAUGAGACCAAGUAAAUCUAGAAAAGGUACUGCAAAGCAGGGUCAGCAUGUGGCUACUUCACCAAGAAAAAGAAGUUCUGUACACCGUCACCCGCAAAAGCGCAAUUCCAAUCCUGUUGCACCAACUCGACGCGAAAGAAUGGCUUGGAGUGGAGCAGAAGAAGCUAUGCUGAGGGAAGCAAUGGCAAAAUUCGCCCCAGAGAAUGAUGCUCCAAUUCCAUGGGUUCGGAUACUAGGAUAUGGUCGUAGUGUGUUUGACAUGGCACGCCUGGCAUCUGAUUUGAGGGUCAAGUGGAGGAACAUGCAGAAGAAGUAGACUGAUGCUGGCAAUCUUACAUAGUGGAACACUGAUGUUGUGCGAACUCCUCACUGCAAGUAGGAAUGGAGUGUGCUGCUCUUCUAACUAGGAUGUUGAUGAUCGGUAGGAGCCAUAUAUUCAGCAAGCAUGAAGCAUGUGUGCGUAUCUUUUGGCCGUGGUAUCGUGACAAUUAUCACAUACUAUUAUAUAAUAUCAUACUUAGUCUUGCAGUUGCAGUUUAGAUGAGAAUAUAUGUACAUAAACAUGAUUACGAGAAGGUGUAGUCCGUUUGGAGAGAAGCUGACAGGUUCUGGCCUUCUGGGAAGAGCUAGCUGCAGCAGCGCUGUUGCUGCUGCACUUCCUUACUAUACCUGAAUCAGUUAUAAAAACAAGCAGCGGCAGCGCUGUGGCUGCUGCUAAAGUAGCAGCAUGUGUGGGCUGGGCCAUACUCCUAUAUAUGAUGCCUAAUCUGUUUGGUUGUCAA